AUGGCUUCGUUAGAACCACCUCCGCCAUUCUCUGAUAAUUCUGAAGCAAACAACAACACUAAUCACACUAAUGAUAAUACUUCUCAGCAGAUAUUAUCUCGGAAUGAGACAACAACAACAGAAACAGAUGGGAUGGAAGCACCUGCUUAUUCAUUUUAUUCCUCAGCCACAGGUUCAUGUUUUAAAUUACAGACUAUUGGUACAGUCAUUCUAAACAAGAAAGUGAAAUAUUUAUGUGGUGAAAUCUUGGAUGAUAGAUAUUUCUUGUUGGGAGCAAACUCUGGCCUAGAAUUUAUUGACUUGACUUUACCAUCUGAGCAACAAACACCAAAACAACUUAUUGAUCUCGUUCGUUUUAAACAAUUGAAAAUUAUAAAGUCAAAGAACAAUGGAACUUUAUUGGCUUUAGCUGGAAAAAAUAAUCAUGUUAGAAGUUAUGAUUUGAAUAGUUUACGAUCAUUGAUAAAAAGUAAAAAAAAAUCCCAACAAUUAUUAUCAUUGUCAUCUUCUUCUUCACUUGAUUUGCCCAUUAAAAAUACAAGAUCAUCAAAUAUGAAUUUUCCCUCUUCAAGUCUUGUGUCUGAGCCAACAAAUCCUUUUUAUUCUUCUUCUUCUAAUAUUACUUCAAAUAAUCGAAAAUCAUAUCACCAGUUGCCUCAGAAUGUUUCCAAGCCAAGUAAAAAUCAAUUACUCUCGAAAGAAUAUGAAUUUCAAAAAAACUUACAAUUUCAAUGGGAAUUGGAUUACUUUAAACUUCCAAAUACCAAAAUGUCACUUUCAUUUGUAUCACGCAAGGGUGCCACAAAUACUUAUAUUGCAAUUGGAAAUUAUUGGUUACCACAAACACCUAAAUUUCUUCAAAUUUCAAUGUUCGAAGGUCAACUGAAUUACAUUUUUGCAAUAUUUCAAACAAAAAUAUAUAAAAUUAGAGUUGAAGAUGCUCGUGUACUUGAAGUUUCAAUAGAUCCACAAUUACAAACUCCAUCAUGGAAAACAUUUACACCACUUCCAUGGAUACCACAUCUUAAUCCUGAAAUGUUGUCCCACAAUUUCACAGUUCCACCAUCAUACAACUCAAUAAUAAACGAAGAUCCUUCAGCAAUGCUAAAUCCAGGCAGGCCUUAUUCUACCAUUAUUUUUAAUUGGACUUAUCCACCAUUACACAUUGAAUUUCUAAGACCGGCAAACCCAGGUGGGGAAUCUUAUGUGGUUGGAUUUGGUAAAAAUAUGGUAGAAGUAUUAAGUUUGAACUCAGGAAGACUUGUAGAAAACGUUAUCAGAGGAAUAGAUGUUAAGUAUUUAGCGAGAGGAAAUCAUAGUAAGACAUUGAUUUGGGGAUGUUCUUUUGAUAAUAAAGAUAAUAAAGGCACAAAAAAUGCCUGUUUCUAUAAAUUGGAAGGUCCAAUGAACCAGUAA